AUGACCACCAUACCAAGUGCGCCUGGCUCUCCUCCUGACUUAUCCGGUUCGAGAUCUUCCGCUUCGACCUCCUCCUACGGGUCCAGCUCUUCGCCAACUGGCGGAGAGAGGCUCACAGCCGACAUCACGCAUUACGAAGACAUUGUCCUCGACGAUGACCGGCCUUCGCAAAAGCCUGUGCUGCAAAGCACGGUGACAGAGAGGCGGCCAUCGACGCACUCAGUCAAUGGCGGCAAGCAGGAGAAUCGUUCACAUAUAGGCAACCAGAUACGCGAGGCUGUCAAGGAGCAUGAGAAAGAGCUACGCAAGCAGAAGAGUGCUAGUUUAAUCCUCUGCGCAGAGGCUUUACAAUGCAACCAACGCCCCUACGCAUAUCUUCUAAACAUCAAGAAGAUGUCAGAACGAGAUCUGCGUCGCCACCGAAGCGCUCGCCUCGCAUCCAGUCCGCGGGGCCACUGA